UGUGUUGCUAGCUGUUGAUGUGCGGGUUCAGCAGUCGUUGACAGCGCUGUCGAAAUGAAACCAAAGCCAAAUAUAUCCACCGGUUGAAAGGCUAUAAUCGUUGCCUUGCCGAUGUUACCAGCCAUCAUCUUUGUUAUUUUAGACCGAAGCUUCACAAGUUGCCGGCAACUGUGACAGGCGUGUUAGCUAGCCUGUGCAAGUUCACCGUUAAAACGAAAGUUUGCAGUUUAGCGAAGAGCUGAUCUGAAACUAUAGGGACGGCGUAUAGGGUAGCUAACAGUUGCUAACGUUAACAUUCCAGGUUGCUAAAGUGAAAUAGGAAGUAGGUACCAGCGAGCUAACCAAGAAGACGUAUCGUCGGCUGAACUGACUUUAAAUCACGGGAGGACAACAACGACUUAUACGGUUGCGCGUCUACUGGGCUCGAACCUACGACCCUCAGGUGCUCGAACGCUGUGCUCUGACGCUGCCCCAAAGCUGAAGGUGGUGACUUCAGCCGUACGGUUAGAGUGAUGGAUUCCAGUGAUAAAAACAUGUAUUUUAUCCUUGUGGAGAAUCUUCCAUACCCGUCUGAGCGCUACCGUGCAGGCCACCUAUGCUACAUUGAGGAAAGCCGUUAUGUUUCAAAAAUCAAGAACACAGAGACUUUGGAAUACUUACCAGUCAAGUGUUUCAGCACCAGUGUGGAAAGAGGUGUGAAGGUGGCAGCCAUACAGUCACUGACAGAGCAGGAGGCAGAGCUUCUGCAAGCCCUGGGUGAGGAUGGGGAGAGGAUCAGGGCUUUUCGGGAAAGAGAGAAGCUGGACCACGCCCUCACCCUAAAGAAGGACUGCCAGGUGAAAGUGGAGGUGGAUGGGGAGUGGUGUCAGGGUGUGAUCCGCUACAUUGGAGCGAUCACAGAGAGAAAGUACCCUGAUCCCAUCGCAGGAUCCUACUUUGGGAUCGAGCUGCAGGGGAAAGACAAGGGGAAAGGCACGUGUGACGGGCAGUAUUUGGGAAAGAGGCACUUCACCUGUGGCAAGGACUGUGGCGUGUUCGCCUCCUUCACCAGAGUCCAACCCAUGGCCACCAAGCCUCAGGACCCCCCGAAGGCCCAGCAAGCUCCUCCGAGGGACAUGAAGGAGCCCCUGACCGCUGGAGACAGGGUGACCUUCUUCAUGGACAAUGACCGCAGUCGCAAUGGCAUGGUCAUGGCGCUGGAGCAGAAAGAGAACAGGACAUUUGUACACAUCUCUCCGGAUAUAGAUGAGAAGGGAGACAAUGGAGAACCAAUCAGCAUACCCCUGGACUAUGUCAUCAGGGAGGACAUGCUCUCCCCAGGUGCCACAUCAGUGCUUUCGCCGGACGGAGUGGACCCACGCCCGUGGUUGUCGGGCGACGGAGAAGAGGGUAUCCACCUCAGCCUGGACUCUGUGGUGGAGGUGGACCUGAGCCCAGGCAGGACUGUGUACGGGACAGUGCGCUGGAUCGGUAACCUGCCAGGAAUGGAGGGAACCAGGGUCGGACUGGAGCUGGAAGAGGAUGUGGGAGUGAGUGAUGGGACGUUCAAGGGCCAGCGUCUGUUUAGCUGUGACCCCAAAAAGGGCCUGUUUGUCAAGCUGGUCUCCUGUCGGCCGGACUCUCGCUUCCAGACUCCCAGAGAGAAGGAGGGACCGCUGUCUGCAUCAAACAGACACCCAGAGAAAGACAGAGCACUCAGCAGAGUGGACUGUGGCACCGUCGCCCCCCUCAGUUCAGAGGAGGCACUGCAGAGGCUGGUUGGCAAAAUGAGAGGGAUCCAGGGCCACUGUAACUCCUGCUACAUGGACUCUGCCCUCUUCAGCCUCUUCUCCUGCUCCUCAGUGCUGGACUCCCUGCUGUUCAAGUCCACCAAACAGCGGGACGCCCCCAUCCAGACCACCCUGCUGCAGGACAUCGUCAACCCCCUGCGCAGAGACGGCUUUGUUCCUAGCAGGAACGUGAUGAAUCUCCGGCAGCAGCUGCAGAAGGGGGGACACAGUGACCACACCUUCACCACCGAGGAGAAAGAUCCCGAGGAGUUCCUCAGUCUCAUCAUGCACCGCAUACUCUCCCUGGAGCCCCUCCUCAAACUGUCAACGGGAGAGAAGAUUCAGGAGGGCUACUGUUACCAGAUCUUUCUGGAUCAGAACCACAGCCUGGUCCUGCCCACAGUCCAACAGCUGCUGGAGCACUCCUUCCAGAGCGCUGGGCUCAGACUGGCCGAGAUCCCCUCCUGUCUCAUCCUCCAGAUGCCGCGCUUCGGCAAGAAGUUCAAGAUGUUCAGCAAGAUCAUUCCAUCCCUGGAGCUGGACAUCACUGACCUGCUCUCAGAGAGUCCACAGGAGUGCAUUUUAUGUGGUCAGCUCGCCAGUGUUGAAUGUACCGACUGCUUCAGAGACCCAGCCUUUGGGAACACAGGCUUCAAACAGUUCUGCAGCAUCUGCUCCAAACAGGUGCAUGCCCACCCCCAGCGGAGGUCGCAUAAGCCCUCUGCUGUCCGGCUCCCUGAGGGCUACCCCCCCGCCGGCUCCCCCUGCGCACCCCCCAGGGAGAAGCUGCAGCUGUUCGCCGUGCUCUGCAUAGAGACCAGUCACUACGUGGCCUUCGUCCGGCACGGGCCCGGCAGCAGGGACUGGAUCUUCUUCGACAGCAUGGCCGACAGGCAGGGAGACCAGAAUGGGUUCAACAUCCCCACGGUGUGGGCGUGUCCCGAGGUUGGGCGCUACCUGGAGAUGCCUCUGGCAGAACUGGCCACUCAGGUUCCACGGGAGAUGGAGGGCGUGGCCAAACGUCUCUUCUGUGACGCUUACAUGUACCUGUACCAGAGUCCCAGCAUGGCGCUCUAUCGAUGAGAGCAGUGCACCUGUAGAAACCUGUUGUCGCCUGUACUAUAGAAACCAAUCCUGAGACCCCCGACCGAACACACCUAUACCAUAGAAACCAAUACCACCUUACACCGAGACCUGCUUCGCAACACACCUAUACCAUUAGAGGCCUGAGGCCCGCUUCCCUAUACACCUGUACCAUAGAAGCCAAUAUGCCUUCCCCUGAAAUCUGAUACCAAACACCUGUAUCAUAGAAACCGAUACCACCUUUAUCCUGUGACCUGCUUCCCAGCACACCUGCACUCUCCACUUUAACUGUGUCUUGCAGCUGGUUUUCUGUGCCUUUUGUUUCUGGCGUCUGCAUGAUCCCUGAUUUGCUCUGAGCCGCUGAUCUCACUGAUGUCACUUUGAGAGCUUGUCUUAUUUACUGUGUAACUAUGUGCUCUGCUGUAGAGGCCAGUUCGCUGGGUCUGCUCAGGGGUCUGCGUCUAAGGUAAAGCUUUGGGUUGGGUGUUUAUUCGGCUCUACCUGCUUUCGGGAAGGUGACCUCUGACCUUCUGGCGCAUAUGGUUACCGUGUUUACCUUAGCAGCCCCACCCCACACCUCACUGCGGCCAACUGGACCCAGUUCUGAGGGAGAGACAGGGGCACAUUUUGAACUCGGCCUGCUCUCCAACUUGAUUGAGACAUAUUUGCCUAUAUUAUUAUUGAAAUGCCUUCAAUGAAUGAACAUCCAAUAGAAUUACUGAAAUUCCUGUCAUAAAUGAAUGACCUGUAAGAUUACUAAAACACCUAAAGUAAGUGAAUGUCCCAUAGGUUUUCUGAACCUGUUUAGCAAAUUAGCCUGUACUAUAGGAGACUGUCCUGCCUCCAUGACCUCCCCUCUGCAGGUUAGAGGAGAAAGUGGAAGAAGUUUUACCUGAUGGACCAAAUAUGUGAAUCCUUCUGUGUUUCCUGUGCUGGAUUCUCCUGUGGCACAGAGUGCUGGCUGCCUGUUUGCACCUCGAAUGCUGUGGACAUCAAGUAUCAUAUGAUUAUCUUUAAUG